ACCGGCAUUUCAGUAUUCCGCUGCCGAGUGGCAUAGACCAUUUAGUAUUAUUUAUUUAUUUAUCGUGCACACCUUUAGAUUUUAAUUUAAAAUGUUGUCCCUCUGUCUUUACGUGCCAGUUUCCAACUCCGAUCCUGUCGAGGUUGAUUAUUUUGAGUCAAAUGGACUUCCGUCCGAGCUGAAAUCCUUGUUCAAGCUAAGCGUGCUACUCCCAUCUCAAGAAUUUUCUACUUAUCAGAAAUGGAGAAAGAAAACUGUGAAAGAGGAGAAGAAGGUAGAUGACCAGCUGGACUUUGAGGAGUUUGUCCAUUAUCUUCAGGACCACGAGAAAGAUCUCAAACUCGUCUUCAAGACACUGGAUAAAAAGGAUGCAGGUCACGUUGAUGCCAAAGAGAUCGUGGAGUCGCUACGAGACCUUGGCGUCCACAUUACACUACAGCAGGCCGAACGGGUUCUGAGCAGUGUGGACAAAAAUGGGACGAUGACCGUUGACUGGAAUGACUGGAAGAACCACCCCACCCUACAGCCAGUGGAGAACAUCCCUGAGAUCAUCCUCUACUGGAAACACUCUACGAUCUUUGACGUUGGGGAGAACCUGAUGGUCCCUGAUGAGUUCACCACAGAAGAAAAGCUGACAGGAAUGUGGUGGAGACACCUGGUGGCAGGUGGGGGCGCAGGCGCAGUCUCCCGAACUUUCACUGCUCCCCUGGACCGCCUCAAGGUUAUCAUGCAGGUGCACGGAUCUCGGAACAUGUGCCUCAUGAGCGGGCUGACCCAGAUGAUUAAAGAGGGCGGCGUCCGGGCGCUGUGGAGAGGAAACGGCAUCAACAUCAUCAAAAUAGCCCCCGAGACGGCCCUCAAGUUCAUGGCCUACGAACAGAUUAAGCGUAUGAUGGGGAGCAACCAGCAGACUAUUGGCAUCUCCGAGCGCUUUAUGGCGGGCUCUCUGGCAGGAGUCUUCGCCCAGAGCGUCAUCUACCCUAUGGAGGUUCUGAAAACCCGGUUGGCGCUGAGAACGACGGGCCAGUACAGCGGCAUCUCGGACUGUGCCAAGCAGAUUCUCAGGAGGGAGGGCAUGAGAGCCUUCUACAAAGGCUACGUUCCCAACAUGCUGGGCAUUAUCCCCUACGCCGGCAUCGACCUGGCGGUGUAUGAGACUCUGAAGAACUCCUGGCUGCAGCGGUACAGUUCUGAGAGCAAACACCCGGGCGUUUUAGUUCUGCUGGCUUGCGGAACCGUCUCCAGCACGUGUGGCCAGCUGGCAAGCUACCCCCUGGCCUUGGUCCGGACCCGCAUGCAGGCGCAAGCUACACUACAGAGCGGUGGCCCCCAGAGCUCCAUGACCGGGCUCUUCAAGCAGAUCCUCCAGACAGAGGGCCCCACCGGUCUUUACCGGGGCCUGACCCCAAACUUCCUAAAGGUCAUCCCAGCCGUCAGCAUCAGCUACGUGGUGUACGAGCACAUCAAGUUGUCCCUGGGGGUGCAGUCUCGUUGAAGAGGGGUCUCUAUGCUGGAAACAAACUCUGUUGUCACUUGUUAUUUUUGGAGGGAGACGUGAAAGGGAUCGAAGAAUCAUACUGUCUCUGCGCCUCAGACCCUGUGAGGAGUUGAGUCGUCGCCCUGUUGAGGGAAUGAGGACUAAGGGAGUGCACAAGAAGUGAAAGGGGAUGGACGGACUAUGGCUACUUCAGGAAGCGAAUGAGUACGGACUAUGAAUACUUCAGGAAGUGAAUGAGUAUGGACUAUGAAUACUUCAGGAAGUGAAUGAGUAUGGACUAUGGAUACUGCGCCAAAGUGGGGAAGGCGCCUUCAACCAACACUGCUGCUGUUUUUGAAAUAGAUUUAUUUUAUUAACUUUGAGAGACCAUUGUACUUUAUGGAAUACUGAAACUAGGGACCACGUUUAUGUUGAAGUCUGAGGGUGAGUUCAUUUCCACCUUGGAAAAGGUUGACGUGUGUGUGUGUGUAUUUGUGGGUGUAUGAGGGAAUGAACGAACAGAAGACACUUGAUGUAUUUCUCCAACUGAAAGCAUUAACAGGUAUCUGUCCCAGCGAGCAGCACCAAGUCAUGUUGUUCUGAAAGGGCGACCUCAAGCUCAGGUGGAGGAGUACAAAUUACAGUGAAGAAGUCUCAACCAUGUUUGCCUCACACUACACACAGCUUCACUCUGGCACAUAGGACUGCUGGGGAAGGGAGUGUGGAGGCUCGGGGCCUUGCCUUGCCCUGGGCCGGCGUAUUUAUUUGAUCGGUUUCUUUAUCUUUAAGCGUGAGCUCACACUGCCCUCUCUGCUCUGCUCUACUGGUCUGACUAGUGGAUAUAUUUAUGUAUGACAGACAGAUAUUUAUUUUUUUAUCGUGUCAGUGAAGAGUUGGGGAAGAUGGUUGUGAAUGUUGUUUUUGAUCUGUGGGUAUCGCCUCAAAAACGUCUUUCUGAUGCCUCUGGGAGAUUGUGAAAGAUUAUGCCCACGUUCAGCUUGAUGUUUCAGAAUCGGAGCAAUUUUGCUUUUUUUAUGUAAAGAGCUACCAGCUUACGUUACAAAAUGAAGACGUUUGCAUCGACGUGUUAAACUUGUUGAAUCGAAACCUCGGUCGCUCAUUCAGUAUUGUUUAAAGAUAGCCUUUAAUUCAACACAUUUUUCAGAAGUUGAGGUAAAAAAAUCAAUGGGAUUCCAUGUACACAGAAGCCUUUCACUGUUUUUGCCUCAAGUUUGAUUUAAAAUGAAUGCACUUUAAUGGCUUCAGUCACUUUUAAAAUGUAAUUUACAGUUGGGGACGAGCAUUAAAUCACUGGGUUUGUGUGUCACUAAAAUGUGACUCCUCUCUUUUUUUUUUUUUCUUCUUUGUUUUUUUAAAUGGGCAAAUCAUUCCAAAUAUGUUAAGUUUAAAAAAAGCAACAAGGAGACUACACAGGUUCUGAGGUGAUUUGGGUGGAUUGUUAUCAGUAAAUAUGAAAAGAAUUAUCCUAUUUUUUUCAGUAUACUUCACUACAACUGAAUGUAAACCACUGCCCUUGAAUACAACUAGCAUUUGCAGAUGUGAGGCCUCAGGGACCAAGUUGAAUUAUUUGUCCUUCGUAGCAUUGUAAAUGGUUAGCUAGUUUUGUCUAUUUUUCUGUUCUAUUCUGUUAGCCCUCUGUGUUGCAUUUAACAGAUCUGAGAAGAUGUACGCUCUGGACUUAUCAAAUAAAAAACACAUUUUAAAAUA